GAGACGCAAGCAGCCGCGACGCCAUUUGCUGCGGCCGAACGUGGGCGCAGGCGGAUCUCGGAAGAUCUCCGUCUCACAGACUUUCCAGCGCACGCGACCCGGCCUCUCGCGCCUGUUUGGUUCCGCGCGGUCCCACGCGUCGCCCCACGCGCCCCUUGAAGGAGUCACCGCCGCCGUGCCGCCGCUGCCGCCGCUCCCGGAAUAGAAGUCAGAGACGCCGCGAAGCCUCCGUCACCGCCAUGCCCAAGAAUAAAGGUAAAGGAGGUAAAAACAGACGUAGAGGUAAGAAUGAAAAUGAAUCCGAAAAAAGGGAGCUGGUGUUCAAAGAAGAUGGACAAGAGUAUGCUCAGGUAAUCAAAAUGUUGGGAAACGGACGAUUAGAAGCCAUGUGUUUUGAUGGUGUAAAGAGAUUGUGUCACAUCAGAGGGAAAUUGAGAAAAAAGGUUUGGAUAAAUACCUCAGACAUUAUAUUGGUUGGUCUACGAGACUACCAGGAUAAUAAAGCUGAUGUAAUCUUAAAGUACAAUGCGGAUGAAGCAAGAAGUCUGAAGGCAUAUGGCGAGCUUCCAGAGCAUGCUAAAAUCAAUGAAACUGAUACAUUUGGACCUGGAGAUGACGAUGAAAUCCAGUUUGAUGACAUUGGAGAUGAUGAUGAAGACAUUGAUGACAUCUAAAUGGAACUCAACAUUUUACAUUCCGAUUUCUCUGAGGAUUGUUCGACAGUUUGGAUUUUGGCUGUGACCUGUUAAAGAAGAUCAAAAUUUCCUUAGUUUGAGUGCCAUUUAUUAAAGCAGACCGAUUCAUCUCUAAGAUAUUUCUUUAAAAAUUAGUAGUGCUGAAUUAAGAGAAAUGUUAAGCCCACUUUGUCAUUUCGUUGUAAUGGAGCUUAUGGGUAAAAGAGCACAUCUACUAUUUUUAAAAAGAGGGAAAAAUGCAUUACCUCUUCUACUUUGACCACUUCCAGUAAGUAAAUGGAUGUUUUGAAUAAGCCGUUUGCCCAACACUCACUAUAGAUCAUGAUUAAGCCCUAGUUGACUUGCCUGUUGACUGUAUGGUGACUUUCUGUAUAUUCCAGUUACCUAGAUGUUCCCUUGAGAUUUUGAUAAAAUAUAAGGGUGGCAGAAACUCGUAUUUGAAGUCAACAUUAAUUAGGUCUGUUUUUCAUAUUUAAGUAGCAUGUGGCUAUUUUUAUACUAAUUUUGAUAUCAUGUACAUUGUUUUCAUUUUUUGCCACUAGAAACAUCAAGAAAAAAGCAUUUCAAAAUGCAGUUUUUAGAACCUGGGUUUUAAUAGCAAUUUUGAAUUUGUAAGGUUAGUAAUUGCAGAAAUUGAACACUAGGAGGCACCCAGUUAACGCUGGAAAUACUGGUACAGUUGUCAACUUUUUUUUUUUUUACUUACUGUGCAUAGGAAAUUUCCCAACCAAGAAAAUAUUUUGAUCAUAUGCAUGUAUGUAGAAUAUUUUUAUAGGACGAAAAGAUUAUGUUGUGUCAUUUUGUUUCAGAAGUUAUACACAUGUAAGCUACAAUUUUGAGUGCUUUAUAAACACUUAAAUUAUAUAUAAAUGAACAUUUAGUUUCAUAACAACUUGUACAAAUUAAGCCUUUUUCAAAUUAUCCCUAAGCUGGGCAAAUAGGGGAAUAACAACUUAAUGAAAAGAUGGUCUCCAUUUUAUGAAUGAACAAGUUACAGCGGAGAAAAUAAUAAAGAUGUCAUGCUGCACAGUACAGUAUAUUAACCUUUAUUUUGUGAUUAGGGUGUAUUUUGCGUGUACAAAAUUUUUUGCUCGUAUCUUUGGGCAUUUAGAUCGACUCUUAACUGAGUUUUUUGUUAUCAGCUCUGGUAAAGUGAAAUGAAGGGCUGGACUGGUUAGACCCACUAGGCACAUUGAAAUCGUAUGCAACUUUACAACAAGAGACCCAUCAUGGAGUUUUCUAGAAAACUUCAGUGAUGAAAAGUAAUAUCAAGGGGAAUGAAUAAACCUUAACCAUGGCUUCCAAAAAACAAGCAGAUCUCUCAUCCCACAUUUAAUGUAACUUCUUAAGUAUGCAGGCUCUGGAAUCAGAGUCUUGAGGUUCUAUAAAACAUUGUUAAAGAUUAGAAAUUAAGAUUGGACAAUUGCAGUCCGUGUUUCUUAUUUGGCAUUUUUAGGUGGAAUGCAUCUGAGACCAUGGGCUGCUUUUUAAUACAAGAAACCUUAGCCUCUAGGAAUUGACUUAGUGAUUGUCUUCCAUCAGUAAUCUAAAACCUCCUAAGAUAAGGGUUCUGUACAUGAAAGUGUUUUUGCUAAAUUUGUAGUAGAUACAGAUCCACAUUAUUUUACCAAGAAGGUUUAAACUCCGUCUGUGAUACAGUUUACGGUAGGGAUGGUGCAACUCAAACAUUAGUUUUUCUACUUACCUCCUGUAAUAAAUAUGGUUGAUCUAAAGAUUCUUUAAAAAUUACAACAAUGCUCAAAUUCA